CAUCCCCCCCUUUCCUCCUCCUCCCUCCCUCCUUCAAAGGAAAAGACCCCACCUUUCACCUCCUCCCCCAGACCUAGAAUCAAUCCCCGCCCCCAAAUCCCCCACUCCCCCUGCUCGAAUCGGUGGAGCUCCCUCGAGUCCGGCUGGUUGUGUUCCCGCGCGGCGGCGCGGCUGAGCUCCGAGGUCGGGGCCGGGGCCGUACGGAUCGAGGGACGGCGAUGGACGGCGGGGUUGCUGCUGCGGUGGCCGCGGCGGCGGCGGCGUCGACGGUGACGACGGCGGUGGCGCCUUCUGGGGCGGCGGGGGCGGGGGCGGGCGCGCCGCCGCCGUUCCUGAUGAAGACGUACGACAUGGUGGACGACCCGGCCACGGACGCCGUGGUGUCGUGGGGGCCGGCCAACAACAGCUUCAUCGUCUGGAACACGCCCGAGUUCGCCCGGGACCUCCUCCCCAAGUACUUCAAGCACAACAACUUCUCCUCCUUCGUCAGGCAGCUCAACACCUACGGAUUCAGAAAAGUUGAUCCAGACAAGUGGGAAUUUGCAAAUGAGGGUUUUUUGAGAGGACAAAAACAUCUACUGAAGACCAUCAACAGAAGGAAACCAUCGCAUGCAAACAACCAAGUGCAAGUGCAACAGCAGCAACCCCAGCAGCAGCAGCAGCAGCAGCAAUCCCAGUUGCAGAAUGCUCCAAUGCCUUCUUGUGUAGAGGUGGGGAAGUUUGGGAUGGAGGAAGAGAUUGAGAUGCUAAAGAGGGAUAAAAAUGUUCUAAUGCAGGAGCUUGUCAGGCUGAGACAGCAACAGCAGACCACUGACCAUCAGCUGCAGACUUUGGGCAAGCGUCUUCACGGAAUGGAGCAACGACAGCAGCAAAUGAUGUCUUUCCUGGCUAAAGCAAUGCAGAGUCCUGGCUUCCUAGCACAGUUUGUACAGCAGAAUGAAAACAGCAAACGGAGAAUAGUAGCUGCGAACAAGAAAAGGAGGCUACCUAAGCAAGAUGAUGGCCUGAACUCCGAAAGUGCAUUGUUGGAUGGCCAGAUAAUCAAGUAUCAGCCUAUGAUCAACGAAGCAGCCAAAGCAAUGCUGAGGAAGAUCCUGCAGCAGGAUACCUCCCCACACAGAUUUGAAUCCAUGGGCAAUUCAGAUAAUUUGCUACUGGAGAACUGUAUGCCAAGUGCUCAAACUUUUGACAGCUCUUCAUCAACCCGGAAUUCUGCAGUCACCCUUGCAGAGGUCCCAGGCAACUCGGGCAUGCCAUAUAUGCCCACGAGCUCUGGGCUUUCAGCAAUUUGUUCAUCGUCAAGCCCCCCUGAGAUGCAGCGUCCAGUUCUGGACACCAACUCAUCGACACAACUUCCCAACAUGAGUGCUGUGCCUUCGGUGCCAAAGGCUAUGACGCCAGGUUUAAGUGAUAUCAGUAUUCCAGGAUUCCCAGAUCUGCAUGAUCUCAUAACGGAGGAUGCAAUUAAUAUUCCUGUAGAGAACUUCACAAUGCCUGGUCCUGAGUGUAUAUUCCCCCUACCUGAUGAAGGCAGUGAUGACUCUGUUCCCAUGGACCCCAUCGACACUGAUGAGACCGAUGACACCCAGAAGCUUCCGGGAAUAAUUGAUUCCUUCUGGGAGCAGUUCCUUUGUGCCAGCCCUCUCUCCAUCGACAAUGACGAGGUCGAUUCAGGUCUGCUGGACACACGGGAAGCGCAAGAGGAGAAUGGAUGGACCAGGACCGAGAACUUGGCAAAUCUCACUGAACAAAUGGGCUUGCUGUCAUCCAACCAUAGAGGGUGAGGUACCUACUCACAGCGACCCUCUCUCAAGGCGCCCUGGGGUCCAACCUGGUAAUAAAACUAGCUCCUAUAGUUUAUCCUUACGCAAUCAUACCGAACUGUGAAAUGCCUGUCGACGGCCGGUGUGGGAGGACUCCGAUCUUUUUGUAUCUAUAAGGUUUUUUGGCAGGCAUAAAAACUAACAACCGUGCGUUGUGUUUCUGCUGUGCUCGUCUGGUUGCGACUAACACCUACCUGAACCAAAACAUGUAAAAGACUAGCAGCUCCUCGCGCUAUCCAGGGUCGCUGGCCUCUAUGGAAUCCAGAAAAAAUGGUGGUGUUUGGCA